GGCGGCCGGGUCGCUGCCGGCACCCGGCGGCGCUGCCCCCCGUCCCUCCGCCCCCGCCGGGGGAGGAGGCGAGCGGCUGCCGGCGCCCUCUCUACGUGCCCGCGGGCAGCCGGGGGACGCCAGCCCCGCGCCCGCCGGGCACUGCCGCCGCCCCGCUCCGCUGGCAGGGUCCGCGGCCGGAGGGAACGCGCUCGCCGGGCGGGGACACCCCCCCCCCACCCCCGGCCGCGGCGGCGGAGAGAGCUCCCCCGGCGCCCGCUCCUCCAUACAAACAAAGAGGAGGCGCGGAAACGUGCGCGGACGGGGCGGGGGACGGGGCGGGUGGGCGUUUCAGUACCUCCCCGGGGCGGCAGCGGCCGGGGAGCCGCCGUGACAGCCAGCCGCGGGCGAGGGUUGCGCCCUGGGCUCCUUCGUAAGAAGCCGCCGGUCUUUUUCCUCGCCCUUUCCCACAGGGAGCGCCCGGCAGCCGCCGUCCAGGCUGUUCCGCGGGAUGGCGGCGGCGGCGGAGGGCCGCCCCGUGGGGCUGGGCGCUGCGCCCUAGCAGCCGCCGGUCUCCAGCCGCUGCGGCGGGGCGCGGAGCCGGGCGCGGAGCCGGGCGCGGCCCAGCCGCGGCUGCGCCGCCUCAGCCCCUCUCAGCAGCCGCUCGGGGCUCUUCCCGCCUCCCCGCCCCGUCCCCGUCCCCUCGCAGCAGGCAUGGGCUGUUUCUGCGGGGUCCCGGAGGAAUUCUACUGCGAAGUUUUGCUCCUGGACGAGUCCAAGCUGACCCUGACCACCCAGCAGCAGGGCAUCAAGAAGUCAACGAAAGGGUCGGUUGUCCUGGGCUACGUAUUUCGUCACUUAAACCUAGUGGAGAUAGAUUACUUUGGACUGCGCUACUGUGACCGAAGUCAUCAAACGUACUGGCUGGAUCCUGCAAAGACCCUUGCUGAACAUAAAGAAUUGAUAAACACUGGACCACCAUACACUCUGUAUUUUGGCAUUAAGUUCUAUGCAGAGGAUCCAUGUAAACUUAAAGAAGAAAUAACAAGGUAUCAGUUUUUCUUGCAGGUCAAGCAAGAUGUUUUACAGGGCCGUUUGCCUUGUCCAGUCAACACUGCAGCACAGCUGGGAGCAUAUGUGAUUCAAUCUGAGCUGGGGGACUAUGACCCAUAUAAGCACACUGCAGGUUACGUCUCGGAGUACCGCUUUGUUCCAGACCAGAAGGAAGAGCUGGAGGAUGCCAUAGAACGGAUACACAAAACUCUGAUGGGUCAAGUUCCUGCUGAGGCAGAAGUUAACUACUUAGGGGUGGCCAAAUCCCUGGAAAUGUAUGGAGUGGAUCUCCAUCCUGUUUAUGGUGAAAACAAAUCUGAGUAUUUUUUAGGAUUAACACCCAUAGGAGUUGUUGUCUACAAGAAUAAAAAACAAGUAGGAAAAUAUUUCUGGCCUAGAAUUACAAAAGUUCAUUUCAAGGAAACACAGUUUGAACUCAGAGUCCUGGGAAAAGAUUGUAAUGAAACUUCCUUCUUUUUUGAAGCACGUAACAAGAUCACAUGCAAACAUCUCUGGAAAUGCUGUGUAGAACAUCAUACAUUUUUCAGAGUGCCAGAGAAUGAAUCAAACUCUCUGUCAAGAAAAUUCAGCAAGUUUGGAUCCAUAGGUUAUAAACAUCGGUACAGGACAUCUUUGCAAAUGACCAGAGACCCUUCUGUGCAGCUCCCGCGGCCUGACCAGCGCAUUGAAAGAAGUCGCAGCAAGACUUACCCUAAAAGGACACAACAGACAGGAUCUAAGAACAUGAGCCAGAUUACAACAAAUGGGGAGAAUGAAGGAACUACCAAAAUUAUUGCACCUUCCCCUGUGAAAAGCUUUAAAAAGAUGAAAAAUGAAAACAAUCCAGAAACCCAAAGAAGUAAAACAAGCGCACCAUGGGAGGAAAAUGGCCCACAGAGUGGGCUGUAUAAUUCUGCCAGUGACCGCAAUAAAUCACCAAAGUUUCCUUACUCUCGGCGACGGAACCCAUCAGGUGGCAGCGAGAAUGAGUCUGGGCAGCCAGUCCGGAGGAGGAAAAAUCAAAACAGUGGCGAAGAUUCAGAUUUAAAGCAAAGGAGAAGAUCACGUUCUCGCUGUAACACCAGCAGUGGCAGUGAAUCAGAAAAUUCCAACAGAGAGCAUCGGAAGAAGAGAAACAGAUUACGGCAAGAGAAUGACAUGGUUGACUCGGCUCCUCAGUGGGAAGCUGUGCUACGGCGACAAAAGGAGAAAAACCAGGCAGAUCCAAACUACCGGCGAUCCAGGCACAGAUCUCGAUCGAGAAGCCCAGAUGUACAAGCUAAGGAAGAACUGUGGAAACAUAUUCAGAAGGAGCUCGUGGAUCCAUCUGGCCUGUCUGAGGAGCAAUUGAAAGAAAUUCCAUACACUAAAAUAGAGACUCAAGGUGACCCGAUCCGCAUUAGGCAUUCACAUUCCCCUCGAAGCUACCGUCAGUAUCGGCGGUCGCAGUGCUCUGAUGGUGAAAGAUCUGUCCUGUCUGAAGUGAAUGCGAAAACUGAUCUGGUGCCUCCACUGCCUGUUACACGAUCUUCAGAUGCAAAAGGUCCUAGCAUACAAUUGACUCAACAGAGACAGAACGGAUCUAAAGACAGCCUAAUAGAAGAAACAUCUCAGCUAUCCACUAACAACGUCGAUGGAAAACCCACCACUAAGAUCGUAAAAACAGUACAGGUGUCACGCUUCAAGGUGGAGACUUGACUGCCAUAACUGAAGGUGGUGAAUGGAUUUUAUUCUUUGGAAACUGAGAAUUUUCAGUGUGUGUGUGCAAGGGAAGGAACUGAAGUCAACGUGGUAGCAAUUUCUUCAAUACACUCAGAAGUGCAGCCUGCUUGUUGGGAAGGCCAGGCAAUGCUUUUAUCACCGAAACUGUUCUAGUGGUGUGACUGAUCGAGGAGAAGCUGCCUGAUCAGACAACCAAAAAGAAAAAUCUUACUAAAACUGAAUGAUCAGCAGUUACAUUCCAAAAAAUGGAACAAAAAAAAUUGCUGCAACAAAACAGGCUUUAUGGUCUGCUCUGUAACUGAAUAGCCUUUUUCCAAAAAAUGACUGUUAACUGACAUGAUCAGGACCAGAUGCUUCAAGAGAAGCAAAAUAGUCAUAUUUUUGGCCAAUUGUGCAAUACAGUGUGAUAUGGGGAGAAUUAUCUUCACAAUUUUAUAUGGGGAUCAACUUGUGUCCUAAGGACUGAUAGCUCUUACAAGGUUUAUUUUAGCCUAGCACAACAGAUGCUGAUGUUGUUAAUACAAAUGUUGACUCAACAUGUUUUAGCUCAAAAAUAAUAGACAUGGUAACACCCUGUAGCAGAGAGUUCCAGAGGUGAUACAGACAUACUUUCCCUUGGCAGUUUUAAGUGUUCUCAAUUUUGAACGCCCUUUUUUGUUGAGGGACUAUUUAAUUGAACAUUCCAUACCAUAGGAAUACAUCUAUCACCUUAUAGUAAACCACACUGGAAAAAAACUGGAGAAUAUGUACUGACCCAUUGUAUUAAGACUGCUUAGCAAGGCACUUAAGUACUGGUUAAAUGAAACCUGUAGAGUAGGAUUUAAGACAGCUAGCAAAUAGCCUUUUUUUUUUUUUUUUUUAAACUAGAUUAGCAAAGUCUGCCUUAAUCUCUUUUCAUAUUAAAUAAUCAAUGCUAGUAACUUUGGAUACUUUUCUCUGAGCCACUUCUACUAUGAUAAAAUGACAAAGGCAGUAUUUCAGGUAUGAUAAUUGCAAUUUUUUUCUCAAUUUUUUUCUAUUGUCACGGUAGGAAUAGUAAGUUUUAAUGAUGCUGCACAUUGAGUGGGUUAUCUUCUAGUAUGUAACUGAAGUGAUGCCUAGCUCUUCUCCUGUCCUGUCACUUUGUACAAAUAGCUGAAAGUCAUUCCUCUGCCUCCCAUUUGUCCACAGUCAGCACAUGGUGUAGAGCCUUCUGGCAUUGCUUACUAAGAAGCUUAGCAAAAUCUUUGUGUGGUGAAAGUAACUUUUGCUAAGUGUAAUCUCCAAACUAAAUAUUGAAUUUGUCAAACAGCAUUGGAAUUGGCUGUGGUAAGUAGCUCGUGCUUUUUUACAUCUGUCCUCCUUAAACUCAACCCCCAUGGCCUUCAGUGAUUUGCAGUGAUCCUGUGUCUUGUACCCCUAGCAACACCAUACCAGGGGACUGCAGCCCUGUCAGAAGUGCAGUACUGUUUGAGAACUGGAGUGACCAUAAGGCGUCUAAGUUAUGUUUUACAAGAGGUGUGGGAUUACUAAUACACAUUUUAACUAACCAAACUGAAAAGUGAAACCUUGUAUGAUGUUUUAUUUUCCAGUUCAUUUUUUGAUUCUUUAUUGUUUCAUGAUCUGAAGUGGUCAGGUAGAUGCUACUAGCCAGGGUGGUAGCCUUACAGUUUGUAUAUUCCUAUCACCGUUAUGGAUUGGUCUGCAUGUUGGAAGAUGCUGCAUUGUGCCAAGGAAGGCAGAUUCACUUAAUUGAAUAUUGUUCUUUGACCACUUAUUUUGGACAGUUCUUCUUCAGUCUCAGUGAACAAAUCAAAGGGAAGGAAAGAGCUUAGAACCCUGUUAGAAUUCUGUUUUCAUGGAGGUUCUUCAGCAUUUUCUGAAUUUACUAUGGAUUUCAUUCUAGGACAUUGUUGGGCUUGGCUUAAAGUAUUUGCUUAAAUUGUUUUGUAAGUCUGUUAAAUGGUUUCAUUGUCAUUGCUUCAAUUUAAAGUGAUCCUUUAGGAUCUACUUAUGACCUUGUAUAGUAUUCUUACAAGCACCAGUUCAAAAAAAAAAAACCCAAAACAAAGGCAAAAAAAACCCAAACACAAAAAAGCCCAUCACUGCGGCAAAGAUUGUGGUGAUACAGAUUCAUCUAGAGCAUCACAGUCUUUUGGAAGACUACUGAGAUAUGACAAACCACCCAAGAACUGGUUACAGUGUCUGCAAUGAAAGCCACUCCUUAUUUCUUCAAGAAGGUGUUCCAGGCUGGAGCAUUAUGCACUUGCUUGUAGUUUGUUGCUUUCUAAAUCAUUACCAUUAUUCUGCAUUCCUUACGCAGGCACAGGUGAGUAGAACAUAUCUACUACUUGAGGAGGAUUUGUGUUGUUAUUAUUUGAGAAUUAUCUGUACAUAGUGUCUGUAUCUUGCCAAUCCUCAAAUAUUGAUCAAGAAGAAAACUAUUAAGGUUUAUAUCCAACCUCCUGUUUUCCUGUAUGUUGUCAUCUGCCUGUGGGCUUUUGUGGAUACCAACAGCCAAGUGUGUGGUAUUUUACUUAUCCCACUACAUCAGAAAAUAGGCUGUAUCUAAUCUAAUACUGAUAGGUUUCAGUUCUCAAGUCACAGGAGAGUCGUUUCAUAAUCAAGCCAACUUUUUUACAUUUAAAUGAGAAAUUUACAGAAAGACUCCUGGAUUUGAUUUAGUGGUCUUCUGUCCAAUGAGACUAUGUAGGAAGCAGGUUUUAGCAAGUCUAAUGCUCAGUCUGGGGCACUAUGAUACAGUUUUGUAUCUGCAAAAGAAAGCCUAAGCUUAACACCUGUAUUACAUGUUAAGUGUGAGUGCCAGAACAAGGGAAAACUUGGACAAGGACACCAGUGUCAGCUAAUAGUACAGAAAAAUAAACUACUGCCAUAUGCAAGCCUCCUUUCCCUUUAAGCUUCUCUUCCUCAGUCACUUGAGGAAAGGCACCUUUUUUUGUGACCUUGUUAUUUUUGUGUGAGAGAGACCUACAAGUGAUGAAUCACUGAAAGCACUUACUGUGUCACAGCUAUGCUCUGUAGCCCUAAACCGGCCCUACAGCAUCUCUUAAGUGGCUGGCCUCUUGAGCUCUGAGCUACACCUUGCCCUUUCCACUGUUGCUACCUUUCCCUGGCUUUCCUGGGACUUUCACUGCCUAGAGGCAGUUACAUUUUCAAACCUGAAGUUUGGAUGUCAGUCCAUAGUCCUUGUACCUCCUGAUGAGUCAGGCAAAAAACAGGAGAUGUAUAACUGUGUCAGGCAAAGUUUACCCUGGGGUUGGAUGCCAUACAGAUGUGUCCUCACAUGGACAAAGGACUGAUAUUGGAGAUAUUCUCAUCCUAAUUCUGCUUCUAGUCUGCUGAACUGAUCUCAGGCCAACAAUUUUAACUUUGUGCCUCUGCAUUUACCUCUUCUGAGACUUCUGUAAGUGCUAAAAAUAGGUAAGUUACGGAACUCGCUCACUAAUUAGCAACACUGACAACAUAGACAUACCUCUUUGCAAAACAUGUCUUUUUUACAAAAAAGAGGGCUUGCUAACCACACCACAAAAGCAUUUUUUUAUAUCCCAUAUUGGUCCCUGUGCUUGUUAGCUGCUGUUUUCUUUCAUUAGGAGCUAACCUUGACCUGCGGUUUUCUACAAUGCACUUCUUACCCAUCUACCUAACCUUGCAACUUGUAUUCUAAUUGAGCUCCUUAUAUUGGAAGAUGUUAGUUGGGAAAAAAAAAUCACUACCAUUUAAGUUGCCAAAUUAAUCAUCUUUAUACAGGUGUAUAUUGAACUGAAUAGAUAGCACAUUUUCUUUGGGGAAAGCCUGUUUAAUUCAAAGCUCCCUAGAAAGAGGUUUGAAAACAACAUACAUAAACAUAUCGAUGUGAUGCUUAUGUUCUAUGUACAUUAAGUAUUCAUGAAGCAACUGUGUGCUUUAUUUUAAAUUGAGUUUGAUAGAUGGCUGUGUCAAUACUUGUGUCCAGGUUAUUUAAAAGUCAAGUAAAACUUGAAUUUUUAGGGCA